GUCGACAGAAUCCGCGGGUCAGUUGCGAGCGGCGCGCGCGCACACCGACACGAACGACUCUCGCGAAUUGUUUCUCGCUUGGCAGUUUGACAUUAUAUAUUAUGUGAUAUUUAGACGUAGAUUAUUUCGCAUUUAAGAAUCUCGUAGAUAAUAAGACGUUUUAAUUUAUUUAUAAAGUUAUAUAAGUGUUUACGAAAUGACUAUAAAAAAUAAAAAGACUAAGGAGGUGAGCUCGAAGGCCUCGAGCAGUGUACAAAAAUCUACCGCGACGACGUCCGUGCAGAAGAGCAACACCGUCCAGAAGGUCAGCUCGUCCGGUAAGAAAGUCCGAUACAUAGAGGUUAAGGUCGAGGAGGAGGACCCGCUGAUGAUCACGGAUAUAUCCGAUCACGCUUCCUUGAGUGGUUCCACCGUCUCGGAGCUCUACAACAGCCACCCGCAUUACAUCAUCACGGAGGCUCCGUCGAUCCCCGACCUGUCGCAGUCGAGGUCACUCGAGCACAACGUGAGCGAUAUGGCUCAGUCUACGACAGGUGAAUAUGUGUCCUCCUCGGUAGCUCAGGAGUCCUCCUCCCACCAGCAGAGCUCCACGAGCCAAACAUUCCACUCCUCGUCCACGUCUGUGCAGCAAUCUGACACAUCACACGGUCAGACUUUCGAUAGAACGAUGGAUUCCUCUGUGGACAACAAGACGCUCAACACGGCUUUCAUUGAUAGUUCCUCUCAAAAUUUGAUGAGCUCCAACAGCAACACGUCAAAAUCUCACGGUGAAACUCAGUCUUUCAUUCAGUCUGAACGUCAAAAUUUAAUGGACACACAUUCCAGUACGUCGCGUACAUCACAAGAUAAUGUGAAAAAUACAAAGACUUCUGUAGAUUCUAAAAAUAUUCGCGAGAAUGAACGCCACAAAAUAGUUCCUGGUACAACACAGAGAGACAAAACGGUUAGAUCCGAUACGUCUAACUUUUAUGGAGGCGAAGGAAGUCUUGACAAAAACAAAAACGUUAAACAGUAUUCGUCUACGACGAGCACCAGUGAUGCUAAAAGCAGUAAAGUCAUGAAAUCUUCAUCUUCUUCAUAUGUAGUUGAAAUCAUAGACGGGAAAGAGCGCAUAAUAGACAGUUCAAAAAGAGAAUGGGGUGAUGCACAAGAAUCAGCAUCUAAAGAAGCAUAUGCCAGCAUUAGUGGCACUGACAUAAAGCCUGAAACCGUAUACAGUGCACAAAAUUACGACAUGAAAUCCAAGUACGAUACAGGAAAAGAUGGAAGUAAGCCCACAAAUGAAAUGACAGUCAUAGAAGAUUCGCGAGUGAUAAAAGACGGAAAACAAAUAACAGUUCAUGACAGCAUCAUCUCUCACAAGGACAAUUUAACACAACAACAGCAUUCUUCUAUUCAAGAUUAUUCUACAUCUAAAGAUCAAUACCAGUCUAACGUUUCAGAGACAGAUGCUCGUUAUACUAAUAAAGACACUUCGAAAACAAACACAAUAAUAAAAGACAGUAAAACAACUAAUCAAAGAUCUAAUAUUAGAAGAAACAUGAAUCAAACUGAUUCAUCAAAUUUCUAUGGUUAUGAUGCCACUAUACAAAAUGAACUUAAAAAAGUAGGAGACAUUUUGCAUAUAAACGAAGUUGACAAUUUGAACUACUCAACGAAAAUAAUGAAAAGUAACACAAGUAGCGCUCAGCAAGCAUCUACAUCGUCUUACGCGUUUGAAGUUGUCGACGGAGUACAGCGUGUGGUAGAUAGUUCUCACAGAGAAUGGGGUGAUAGCAAGGAGCUAGCUACUCAUGAAAAAAGUCAUUUUAUUAGCGGCACAGGAAUAAAGCCCGAACAUGAAUACUCAAGACAUGUAUUAGACAAAGAAUCUUACUAUGACACCGGUAAAAAUGGCAUUCCUAAAAGUGCUACACAAAUCACGGAGGAAUCUGCUUUGUAUAAGAACGGUAAAGAAAUUGCAUCAACGAGUAAUACUUAUGCAGGUGACUUUACCAAGAAACCUGCAAUCACCGAACAUUCCACUAUUUUAGAAGAGACUGAUAGUAAGAAUAUAUCUAGGACUUCGAAUACAAAUGUUUCUUCAGAUCGUCACACAUCUACGGAUACAUAUAAAACAACUCAAAAAGACAUCAAAGAUACUACAUCAACUGUCAAAGAUGUCAAAGACGUAACGAAGACGACUGAUUUUAUAACAAAUGAAAAGAACAAUUUAACAAAAGAAUCUACGUCUAAGACUGAAACAAAAGAUACUCGUACUACAUACGAGAGAAGCACGGGUACCUGGAAUGGAAAAUUUGUUUACGAGAAAGACGAAGACAGGCCUCGGCGUCCUAAAGAAAGAUCACCAUUUGAGACGCCAGAACAUCAACAGCUUAGACAUCAUUUGAAAAGACAAGAUACAGAAGAUAACAUUAUUCUGUCUUCACGAGACAUUAAAGAUUUUACGUCUAUCAGCGAUCUACGUAAAAUUAUCGAAACAUCACAAACCAAUAAAGACAUUAAAGUUAGCAACAAUAAUAUUGUGAUCAAAAGAAAUAUCGAUGACAGAGUUCUAAAAGAGAUUAUUGAGACGGUUAAAAAGUACCCAUUCAAACGGAUCGAUAAAGUGACAUUCGGUACUAAGAUAAACGAGGAUGUUAAGGAUCUUUACGAAGGUAUUGAUACAGAACAAACUACAGUUAUUAACAGAACGACUGGAGAUGCCAUUAAGAAAUCGUUUGAGGUGGAGAAAACUAGAAGUCAAAUUGAAGUAACAAAAUACAUAACAGAAAAUGGUAUAACACGGAAAGUUACAACUUAUGAAGAUGCGAAGGAAGACGAAAAGGUUAAGACCGAUGUUUUCGUCGACAACAGCUCGCUAGACGUCAGAAACUUGAAGGAUGUCCGCACAACGAACGAAAUUACCGAAUACGACGUGGUGGAUCGAUCUGUCACCGACACGAGGGAAGAUACUGUGGUCCGCACUGUCUACGACGAGUCUAUCAUUGACGAUAGAAAGACUGUGCGAGACGACAGAACGGUAAUAGAAGAGACUGUCUACAUAGACGAGACCAGGCCGCGACAAGCAGGCCCCAAGAAACCAGAGAAGAUUGUUCACAAAGAACAGUGCAUCUGCGAAAUUUGUACCUGUGGGCGUCACCGCUGCCCACACAACGAUGUCCCGGAGCCAUUGUUCGAUGUGGAGCGCACGACCGUGGUCUCCGCGUACCAACAGGACUACGAUGAGAAGCACGUCAGCCGCACCACCGCCGUCCACCAUGAGGACCACCUGCGCCUCGAGGGAGACUUCCAGCAGCCAGAGAAACCACAUUGGCAACCCGCCGAGCGGCCCAAGCCCACGAAACCCGAGGACAAUCUGAAACCGGAGGGCGACUUCGAAAAACGACGCCCCGAGGAGUGGCGCCCCGGCGACAGAGCUCCCACUCGGCGCCCCGAAGACAACCUACGCCCCGAGGGAGAAUUCACCACCCCAGAGAAACAGCAGUGGCAACCGGCCGAGAGACCGAAACAGAAGAGACCGGAGGACAACCUCAAACCCGAGGGAGACUUCGAGAAACGUCAACCCGAGGAUUGGCGUCCCGGUGACAGAGCGCCGACUCGACGCCCGCAAGAUAACUUGUAUCCCGAAGGUGACUUUGAGACUCCCGAGAAAAAACCGUGGAAGCCAGCUGAAAGACGCGAACAAAAGAGACCCGAAGACAAUUUGAAACCUGAGGGUGAUUUCGAGAGGCGUAGACCGGAGGAGUGGCGUCCGGGUGACAGAGCUCCGACUCGUCGCCCCGAGGACAACUUACAUCCUGAAGGCGAAUUUGUUACCCCUGAAAAACAAGCCUGGAAGCCGGCCGAAAGACCGAAGCAAAAGAGACCAGAAGAUAAUCUUAAGCCCGAAGGUGACUUUUACCAGCGCCAGCCAGAGGAUUGGCGCCCCGGUGAGAGAGCUCCAGUGCGUAAACCUGAAGACAAUCUUCGGCCGGAAGGUGAUUUUGAAAAGAGGAGACCAGAAGAAUGGAAACCUGGAGACAGGGAACCCGUUCGAAAGCCCCAAGACAAUUUGAAACCGGAAGGUGAAUUCGAGAAACGGCGACCUGAAGAAUGGCGUCCGGGUGAUAGGGCACCGACUCGUCGUCCUGAAGACAAUUUAUACCCAGAAGGCGAGUUUGUGACACCCGAAAAGCAGCAGUGGAAACCAGCUGAACGACCGAAGCAAAAGAGACCAGAGGACAACCUAAAACCGGAGGGUGAUUUUGAGAGACGUCAACCGGAGGAUUGGCGUCCAGGUGAGAGAGCACCGGUUCGUAAGCCGGAAGAUAAUCUUAAGCCUGAAGGUGACUUUGAAAAGCGCCGACCCGAAGAAUGGCAACCUGGUGACAGGGCUCCAACUCGCCGUCCCGAAGAUAAUUUACGUCCCGAAGGUGAAUUCGAGACUCCUGAGAAGACCACUUGGAGGCCAGCAGAAAAGCGGGAGCAGAAGAGACCCGAAGACAACUUAAAGCCAGAAGGAGAUUUCGAAAAGAGAAGACCAGAGGAAUGGCGCCCUGGUGACAGGGCACCGACCCGUCGCCCGGUUGAUAAUCUCCGCCCUGAAGGAGAGUUUGAGACUCCAGAGAAGCCAAAAUGGCAACCAGCCGAAAGACCAAAACAAACCAAACCCGAAGACAAUCUGAAACCUGAAGGCGAAUUCGAAAAAAGAAAGCCAGAAGAUUGGCGUCCAGGUGAAAGAGCACCAGUAAAACGUCCUGAAGAUAACCUGAGGCCGGAGGGAGAAUUCACCACUGAACGAACAAUCACACAAGAUUAUACUGUUGUGAUUGGUGAAAGGGCUGAAGUAAUACGGCGAGAAGAUAAUCUUAUAAUGGAGGGAGAUUUCACAGAUACAACCACUUCUCGUACAGAGUAUGUUGUAAAACCUACGGAAAGGCCAAAACCAGUGCGAAGAAAUACAUGGACAAAGGUGGAAGGCGACAUGAUGACUGAGACGACAAGCCACUCUGAAUUCAUCGAUUAUUCUGAUACAGUCGAAAGAACGACUCUUGCUACUCGCAAAAUGGAUAACAUAAUACAGGAAGGAGAAAUCGAGUUUGUUACUUCAAACCAAAAUGACUAUACACAGAAAAAUACAUUGGUUGAGCGUCCACAAAGACGAAGAACAUGGACAAAGGAAGAUUUCGAAAAUAUUCACUCGACAGAAGAAAUAGAAACACUUACCACAACUCAAGAGGAAUAUCAAACGUAUGAACAUAGGCAAAUUAAACGACCAGAAAUGAAGAAACCUAAAGAUAAUCUUAAGCCAGAAGGAGAUUUUGAAAAACCGAAACAAGAGGAAUGGUCUCCUGCUGAAAAACAAAAACCAAUAAAACCAAAAGACAAUCUUAAGACUGAAGGUGACUUUGAAACUCCAGAAAAAGAGCGAUGGCAACCAGCUGAACGACCGACUCAGAAGAAACCUAAAGACAAUUUAAAACCUGAGGGUGAAUUUGAGCGACCGAAAGAGGAUGAGUGGAGGCCUGCUGAACGUCGUACACAACAUAAACCUAGAGAUAACUUACAACCAGAAGGUGAAUUCGAAAGACCUAAAGAAGAUGAAUGGAGACCAGCUGAGAAACAGACUCCACACAAACCACAAGACAAUCUCAGACCCGAGGGUGACUUUGAAACCCCGGAAAAGGAGCGGUGGCAACCAGCUGAACGACCGACUCAGAAGAAACCGAAAGACAAUUUGAAACCUGAGGGUGAAUUUGAGCGACCAAAAGAGGAUGAGUGGAGACCUGCCGAGCGACCUAAACAAAAGAAACCUAAGGAUAACCUACAACCAGAAGGUGAAUUCGAAAGACCUAAAGAAGAAGAAUGGAGACCAGCUGAGAAACAGACUCCACGCAAACCACAAGAUAAUCUCAGACCUGAGGGUGACUUCGAAACCCCAGAAAAGGAGAGGUGGCAACCAGCUGAACGACCGACCCAGAAGAAACCUAAAGACAAUUUGAAACCUGAGGGUGAAUUUGAGCGACCGAAAGAGGAUGAGUGGAGGCCUGCUGAACGUCGUACACAACAGAAACCAAGAGAUAACUUACAACCAGAAGGUGAAUUCGAAAGACCUAAAGAAGAUAAAUGGAGACCAGCUGAGAAACAGACUCCACACAAACCGCAAGACAAUCUCAGACCCGAGGGUGACUUUGAAACCCCAGAAAAGGAGAGGUGGCAACCAGCAGAACGACCGACCCAGAAGAAACCUAAAGACAAUUUGAAACCUGAGGGUGAAUUUGAGCGACCAAAAGAGGGUGAGUGGAGGCCCGCUGAACGUCGUACACAACAGAAACCUAGAGAUAACUUACAACCAGAAGGUGAAUUCGAAAGACCUAAAGAAGAUGAAUGGAGACCAGCUGAAAAACAGACACCGCGGAAACCAAAAGAUAAUCUCAAACCAGAAGGUGACUUUGAAACCCCAGAAAAGGAGCGGUGGCAACCAGCGGAACGACCGACCCAGAAGAAACCUAAAGACAAUUUGAAACCUGAGGGUGAAUUUGAGCGACCUAAAGAGGAUGAGUGGAGGCCAGCUGAACGUCGUACACAACAGAAACCUAGAGAUAACUUACAACCAGAAGGUGAAUUCGAAAGACCUAAAGAAGAUGAAUGGAGACCAGCUGAAAAACAGACACCGCGGAAACCAAAAGAUAAUCUCAAACCAGAAGGUGACUUUGAAACUCCCGAAAAGGAGCGAUGGCAGCCAGCUGAACGGCCAACUCAGAAAAAGCCUAAAGACAACUUAAAACCUGAGGGUGAGUUUGAGAGACCAAAAGAGGAUGAGUGGAGGCCAGCUGAACGUCGUACACAACAGAAACCUAGAGAUAACUUACAACCAGAAGGUGAAUUCGAAAGACCUAAAGAAGAUGAAUGGAGACCAGCUGAAAAACAGACACCGCUUAAACCACAAGACAAUCUCAGACCUGAGGGUGACUUCGAAACCCCAGAAAAGGAGAGGUGGCAACCAGCUGAACGACCGACCCAGAAGAAACCUAAAGACAAUUUGAAACCUGAGGGUGAAUUUGAGCGACCGAAAGAGGAUGAGUGGAGGCCUGCUGAACGUCGUACACAACAGAAACCAAGAGAUAACUUACAACCAGAAGGUGAAUUCGAAAGACCUAAAGAAGAUAAAUGGAGACCAGCUGAGAAACAGACUCCACACAAACCGCAAGACAAUCUCAGACCUGAGGGUGACUUCGAAACCCCAGAAAAGGAGAGGUGGCAACCAGCUGAACGACCGACCCAGAAGAAACCUAAAGACAAUUUGAAACCUGAGGGUGAAUUUGAGCGACCGAAAGAGGAUGAGUGGAGGCCUGCUGAACGUCGUACACAACAGAAACCAAGAGAUAACUUACAACCAGAAGGUGAAUUCGAAAGACCUAAAGAAGAUCAAUGGAGACCAGCUGAAAAACAGACACCGCGGAAACCAAAAGAUAAUCUCAAACCAGAAGGUGACUUUGAAACUCCCGAAAAGGAGCGAUGGCAGCCAGCUGAACGGCCAACUCAGAAAAAGCCUAAAGACAACUUGAAACCUGAGGGUGAGUUUGAGAGACCAAAAGAGGAUGAGUGGAGGCCAGCUGAACGUCGUACACAACAGAAACCUAGAGAUAACUUACAACCAGAAGGUGAAUUCGAAAGACCUAAAGAAGAUGAAUGGAGACCAGCUGAAAAACAGACACCGCGGAAACCACAAGACAAUCUCAGACCUGAGGGUGACUUCGAAACCCCAGAAAAGGAGAGGUGGCAACCAGCUGAACGACCGACCCAGAAGAAACCUAAAGACAAUUUGAAACCUGAAGGUGAAUUUGAGCGACCGAAAGAGGAUGAGUGGAGGCCUGCUGAACGUCGUACACAACAGAAACCAAGAGAUAACUUACAACCAGAAGGUGAAUUCGAAAGACCUAAAGAAGAUACAUGGAGACCAGCUGAGAAACAGACUCCACACAAACCGCAAGACAAUCUCAGACCCGAGGGUGACUUUGAAACCCCAGAAAAGGAGAGGUGGCAACCAGCGGAACGACCGACCCAGAAGAAACCUAAAGACAAUUUGAAACCUGAGGGUGAAUUUGAGCGACCAAAAGAGGAUGAGUGGAGGCCCGCUGAACGUCGUACACAACAGAAACCUAGAGAUAACUUACAACCAGAAGGUGAAUUCGAAAGACCUAAAGAAGAUGAAUGGAGACCAGCUGAAAAACAGACACCGCGGAAACCAAAAGAUAAUCUCAAACCAGAAGGUGACUUUGAAACUCCCGAAAAAGAGCGAUGGCAGCCAGCUGAACGGCCAACUCAGAAAAAGCCUAAAGACAACUUGAAACCUGAGGGUGAGUUUGAGAGACCAAAAGAGGAUGAGUGGAGGCCAGCUGAACGUCGUACACAACAGAAACCUAGAGAUAACUUACAACCAGAAGGUGAAUUCGAAAGACCUAAAGAAGAUGAAUGGAGACCAGCUGAAAAACAGACACCGCGGAAACCACAAGACAAUCUCAGACCUGAGGGUGACUUCGAAACCCCAGAAAAGGAGAGGUGGCAACCAGCUGAACGACCGACCCAGAAGAAACCUAAAGACAAUUUGAAACCUGAGGGUGAAUUUGAGCGACCGAAAGAGGAUGAGUGGAGGCCUGCUGAACGUCGUACGCAACAGAAACCAAGAGAUAACUUACAACCAGAAGGUGAAUUCGAAAGACCUAAAGAAGAUAAAUGGAGACCAGCUGAGAAACAGACUCCACACAAACCGCAAGACAAUCUCAGACCCGAGGGUGACUUUGAAACCCCAGAAAAGGAGCGGUGGCAACCAGCUGAACGACCGACUCAAAAGAAACCGAAAGACAACUUGAAACCCGAGGGUGAGUUUGAGAGACCAAAAGAGGAUGAGUGGAGGCCUGCUGAACGUCCUAAACAGAAGAAACCCAAAGAUAACCUACAGCCAGAGGGUCAAUUUGAGAGACCAAAGGAAGAACAAUGGAGACCAGCAGAAAAACAAACUCCUCACAAGCCAAAAGAUAAUCUUAAACCUGAAGGUCACUUUGAAACUCCUGAAAAAACGCGCUGGCAACCAGCUGAAAGACCUGAACAGAAGAAACCGGAAGACAACUUAAGACCUGAGGGAGACUUUGAAAGGCCGAAAGAAAAAGGAUGGCAGCCAGCUGAAAAACAGACGCCGAAAAAACCGAAGGACAAUCUGAAGCCAGAAGGUGAUUUUGAAACUCCAGAAAAACAAAGAUGGCAACCAGCUGAACGACCAACUCAAAAGAAACCUCAAGAUAAUCUUAGACCCGAAGGAGACUUUGAAAAGCCGACACCUACGAAAUGGCAACCAGCGGAAAGGCCAAAGCCUAAGAAACCAGAAGAUAACCUGAAGCCUGAAGGACCAAUGGAUACAACUCGAAGAACCGACUAUAACGUAGUUAAAGGGGAACGUAUGGACGUAGUCAAACAUGAAGAUCAUUUGAAAAUGGAGGGAGUCAUCGAUGUUCGUCGUUCAAGAGACGAUUAUAAACGUAUCGAUAAAACAGAAAAAGUCAUUAUUCGAAAGCAUGAAGAUAAUUUACGCACUGAAGGAGAAUUUAUUGAUUUACAAGUACGCAAUGAUUACGGUGCUACAAAAGGUGAGAGAGCUCCAGUCGUUAAGCCAAAAGACAACCUUAAGCCAGAUGGUAAAUUCUAUAAGCCAGAAGUCGUUCCGUCGCAACCAGCUGAGAAACGCAAACCAUUUAAACAUGUUGAUAAUAUUCUUAUUAGUCGAGACACCGAUAUUCAUAAACAGAAACUAGACAGGGUUGAUAUUAUACGAAGGGAAGACAAUCUCAAAAUUGAAGGUGAAUUUAUAGACAUGAAGCAAAAGAGUGAUUAUGACGUCGUCACUAAUAAUAGAACUGCGAUUACUAAUGAUAGAACUGCUAUAGUAAAGCAUGAAGAUAAUCUUAAAAUGGAAGGCACUAUGGAAAAUACUCGCUCUUCAGACACAUACCGUGUAGUCAAAGGUCAAAGAGUGAAACUUAUACGAAGAGAAGAUAAUUUGAAAAUUGAAGGUGUCUUUGAAGACCACACUCGUAGAGAUGAUUAUAAAAUUCAUAAAGAUCAAUGUAAGUCUAUAACUCAUCAAACAGAUGAUAAAGUUUAUAAAAAUGUUCAUGACAGGACACAAAACGGUGAAACGCACACUAUUAUUAAAAAUAUUGAUGAAAGUGAUGUAAAUAAUAAGACGUUUGUCACAAGGUAUGAAACUAUUGAAAGAAAGGGACCAAUUGAAGAGUCACCACGUCCAAAAGAUGUACAAAAUUCAACAAGACCAAAAGAUUUGAAACAUGGUCCUGAAGGGCAAAAACCUCAAAGUCAAAGACCAAAAUGGGGAAAACCUGAUGAAAAUAUAUUUGUUCCUAGAGACUCUCACCCAACAGGUGACUAUCCCGAUGGCAGCAGGCCAAAACCAGAAAAUGUAGACCGCACAAGUCCUGGACCAAGAGAUGUACGUCAUCCAGUGCACGAUACUCCUUCACGCGGAUCACCUGUAAAACAAUAUCCUGGUGGCUAUUCUGAACAAACUAUAACAAAUAUUGUAAGAGACGGUUCAAAUACUGUACUAUCGGAUGUUUCUUCUAGUACUGUUCACACAAAACAUGACGUUUCCCAUACACAUUAUGAUCAUAGCACCAAAACAUCGCAACAUGAAACGCACAGGAAGGUUACUGGAGUUGUUACAGAUAAACCAACUAAUGGAGGACCGUCAAGACAUAGUACACCUUCAAGACAAGGCACGCCUUUUUCACAAGAUACGCCUUCAAGGCAAGGCACGCCCUCAAGGCAAGACAUGCCCAUAAGACAAGGCACGCCUGAUCGCCAUACACCACACCAACAUUUGCCUAGUAACCAAGUUAAUCGCUUUGAAGAUUCAAGUGAAGUGACUUCAAAUACCCAGCAACAAAAUUACAUCAACAAUAAAAAUAUUUCACAUACACAAUAUGAUCAAAGUACCAGAACCUCUCAAAUAGCAACGCAUAAGGAAGUUACAGAGUCGGUUACGAAUAAAAUACAUACCCACGAUCAAAUCAAAGAAGAUACGCAUGACCGAAUUGAUUAUUCAAAACAAACACCCAAAGAUCAAAUAGAUAGCCCACAAACACGCUACCCUGAAAAUCAAAAAAAUGUACAUCAUGCAACACAUGUGACAGGAGUUAAUCAGGAAAAUAUCAACUUGUCGGAUAAAUCUAUAUCACGUCACACGAACGAUAAGAAUAUAAUAUCUUCAAAGGUGGAUUCAAAAACCGUUAAAAACUUAUCCAGUUCCACAACAAAAACUAUAAAACAAGUCACCGAGAAAAAGUUGAUAGGGGGUAAAUGGGUUAGUGUUACUAAGAAUGUUGAGGUUGAAGUUUCCAACACUCCUGUUACUGGGAAUAUAAAGAGCCCAUUGAACCAACCAAUUAAUAGUCGUCCACGCAAGCCCUCAUCAGCCUUUUCUGAUACGUCCAGUGACGUAACUAAUGUAGGACCGUCAAGACAUGGUACACCUUCAAGACAAGGCACGCCUUUUUCACAAGAUACGCCUUCAAGGCAAGGAACACCCUCAAGGCAAGACACACCCUCAAGGCAAGACAUGCCCAUAAGACAAGGCACGCCUGAACGCCAUACACCACACCAACAUUUGCCUAGUAAUCAAGUUAAUCGCUUUGAAGAUUCAAGUGAAGUGACUUCAAAUACCCAGCAACAAAAUUACAUGAAAAAUAAAAAUAUUUCACAUACACAAUAUGAUCAAAGUACCAGCACCUCUCAAAUGGCAACGCAUAAGACAGUCACAGAGUCGGUUACGAAUAAAAUACAUACCCACGGUCAAAUCAAAGAAGAUAUGCAUGACCGAAUUGAUUAUUCAAAACAAACGCCUAAAGGUCAAAUAGAUAGCCCACAAACUCGCUACCCUGAAAAUCAACAAAAUGUACAUCAUGUAACACAUGUGAAAGGAGUUAAUCAGAAAAAUAUUAACUUGUCGGAUAAAUCUAUAUCACGUCACACGAACGAUAAGAAUAUAUCUUCAAAGGUGGAUUCAAAAACCGUUCAAAAUCUAUCCAGUUCCACAACAAAAACCAUAAAACAGGUCACCGAGAAAAAGUUGCUAGGUGGUAAAUGGGUUAAUGUUACUAAGAAUGUUGAGGUUGAAGUUUCCAACACUCCUGUUAAUGGGAAUAUUAAGAGCCCAUUGAACCAACCAAUUGAUAGUCGUCCACGCAAGCCCUCAUCAGCCUUUUCUGAUACGUCCAGUGACGUAGGCUCGCAAAAAUAUCAAAACAAUAAAGUCGGUCGUAAUGUAUCAGACUCUACGUUUAUAAUCAACGAAAGAGAAAAUGAAAACAUGACAAGAUCUACUCAACACUCUUCGUCAGAUAGCAGAGUAUCGAAACAUAGCUCUGACAAUAUAACACAUAAGAUAACAUCAAACCAGACGGUUUCUCAUGGUGUUCGGCAAGGUGGCCACCAAAUUCAAGAAAACAUAGUGUCGCGAAGCCACGGAAGCGUUAACCAAUCGGGACAAGUAAUAAAUCAAUCUACUCACUCCUCUGAUAUUCAAAACGUUCGUAACGUUGACCACACGCAGCGCAGACAUGUCACACACGUGGAUAAUGCUACGCCGCAUCAUACAUCAAAUCAAAAUUUGAAUACGACUUACAACGUCCGAUCGUCCGAUCAACGAGUCUCCAGCAACGUAGCCAGCGUCACGAAUGCCUUCGUCCAACAUGAAAAUGUCAGACAGGGUUCGAACAGGAGCCACUUGAGCGACAGCGUAACUAAGACGAGUAUCGAAUUUCAGAAAGCUAUGCACGGCGGAGACAGCAGUAACUCUACAUCGACGGUCGAUGCCUCAAAACGGACCGGGCACCAUAAAAGAACUUCCGAUCUGAUAACAGACUCGUCGAACACGAACGUCGUUCUUCAUCGCAAAGGGGUGCAAUCUACUAACGAAGCUCACCAUUCGACGAGCUCCACGGCAGCGGCGCAGCGCAAGAGCAUUACCAAUCUGAACGAGCGCGGAGACUACAUCAGUAAUUCGACGCAGAGCGCCGACAGGAAAAGCAUAAGCUCCAUGCAUCGCUCGACGCGCGAUAACAUAGCUUUCAUAUCGCAGCACACCGAUAAUACGGACGUCCGCCGUCAAGUGAGAAGAGACGGUCAGUCCACCUUGGUCGAGGAGAGGCAGCCACGCGCAUUGGUCAGGGAUAAUCUUCACGUCGGCGGUGAACUCUACGGUCGUUCCGAAGCACGCUCGUAUGGAAACUCCUCGAGAUCUGAUAAGAACGAGAUCAGCAGCAGCGUGCAGAGGGUUGAGCGCGUCGCACGCCACGGCAGUACGUCUAGCUUCGUGCUCGGGGACGGUGGCACCAGCUACAAGCGCGAGUUCACCACCCACGUGCACGGAACUUGCCCGGCUACGCUCAUAGAAUCGUCCCGCACUCCGUUCAAACACACUCGUGAUUCUCGUGAACACAAAUUUUAUACCGCUAAAGUAACUAAAUCCUAAUCUCUUUUAAGAAUUUUCAAUUAUGCAAUAAUUAAUGCUACUGUUACAAAAUAUAUUACUUGAAUUUAUUGCGACAUUUAACAAUUAAACUAACUUUGCUAGUCUAAAAAUGUAAUUUAACAUCAUAUUUUAUAAAGAUUAAAUAAUGAUAAUUUUAUGUAAUCGUUGGCAGAUUUUAUAUUAUUUACCUAAUCAGUUAAAAUGUCAAACAUUGCCAUAAUAAGUAUAUUAUUAUAUUAUCAU